GUCCUUUCCGAUUUCAUGAUUUGUCGAUUUUCCUCAUCUUGCCAGAGCUGCCAGUUUAUUUUACAGUGCGAUUUUACGUUUUCAGAUUGCUGUCAUAAAUUUCUGCCUUUACAAUACCAUUCGUCAGGAAUACGCGCAGAUUCCCCGACGAUCAGUGAACGUCGUCAGUUACUGAUCACAGUACCACAAAUAUGGCCGAGUAUCUGGCAUCCAUCUUCGGGACGGAGAAGGACAAAGUCAACUGUUCCUUCUACUUUAAGAUCGGCGCCUGCCGUCACGGCGACCGCUGCUCGCGUAUCCACAACAAGCCCACCUUCAGCCAGACCAUCGUGCUGCUGAACGUCUACCAGAACCCGCAGAACAGCGCCCAGACGGCGGACGGCUCGCAUCUGGGCAACAUCACCGAGACGGAGAUCCAGGAGCAUUUCGACCAGUUCUUCGAGGAGAUCUUCACCGAGGUGGAGGACCGCUACGGGGAGAUUGAGGAGAUGAAUAUCUGCGAUAAUCUCGGCGAUCAUCUGGUGGGCAAUGUCUAUAUUAAGUUUCGUCGCGAGGAGGACGCCGAGCGAGCCGUUAACGAGCUGAAUAAUCGCUGGUUCAACGGCCGUCCCAUCUAUGCGGAACUGUCACCCGUUACGGACUUCCGCGAGGCCUGCUGUCGGCAGUAUGAAAUGGGCGAGUGCACCCGGGGAGGGUUCUGCAAUUUCAUGCAUCUGAAACCGAUCAGUCGCGAACUGCGCAAGCGAUUGUAUAAUCGUCGUCCCGGAGCGUCGUUCGGCGGCCAUCGCGGCAGUUCGCGUUCACGCAGUCCACCGCGGAAGCGCGGACGUGAUGACUAUGAUGAUCGACGCGGUGGUGGCGAUCGGCGCAAUUUUGGUGGACGCGGCGGGGGUGGUGGUCGGCGCGAUCGCUACUGAAACGUCCCCUUCUAUGCCCGUAAUGGAACCUCCACUGUUUUACACUACUUACUAUUCCGCCAGUCGACGUUGUUUUGUUAUUGUCGUGUAUUUACCGUCUGUUUAAUUAUUGUUUGAUUUUUAGUUCCGCGCCGACUGCCGCUGCUGUAUGCGCUCGGCCAGUGUUAUUUAUCAUGUAAUAUUUAAAAAAUGUCCAUCCUGUAAGCAACCUGUAUGUGGCAUCUCGGGAUUAACAGUAUCAGUAAGUCAAGUUUUCUCGGGAGAAUUCCCAUAGCAACUUCCGAAACUGGGAGAGUAUCGCCUGUAUUUUUUGGGUGUCUGAAUUGUGUGUGCACUGGGCACUUCGACGAUUAAACCAGCCGAUUGUUAUUAAAUCAGCCGUUUAAAAAACUUACAAAUACAGCUUUUCGCAAAUUGGGUUUAGUAAGCAAGCCAUCAGGGUGGAUAAGUUUUGGCUGAUACAUAAUCACAGCCUUUCCGAAAUUACGGGCCGUUUUCUAAAUUA